AAGAUAUUCAAAUAGAUACCACGCUACAUUCAGAUUAGGAAAGGCUAUACUUUGCAAGCACUAUGAAAGGCUUUCUUUCCUUUACAGUCCUUGCAGUCGUCUUACUGGUGCACAGCUCUCUGGCAGUCUACGUUCAGGAUGGAGACUUGAAAUUCUCCCUUGAGUCUGUGAAGAAGCUGAAGGAGCUUAUGAAUGAGAACAGACACAUUAACCCUCGCUUUGUGCUUUCAAUGGCUAGCUACUCUCCAUGUGAUGAAGAAGAUCUUCCUGAGGAAUUCCAAUCUGUGUGCAAAAGAGAAGAUGCAUCCAUGAUUUUUGAGAGGCUGAACCUGGCUGUCCAAGAUCCUGAUUUAUGUGAAAUCUGCGCCAAUGCUGCCUGCGCUGGUUGCUUUUGAACAAAGAUGAAACAGUUCAAAGAACAUGUGUCAAAAUGGGAAGUUUGUGCACUCCUAUUGCAAAUCCGUGUUUACACAAAUCGAUAUUUGGUCUCCAUCUCCACUACAGUCAAACUGGAGCUUCUAGCUCAUGUAGACAUACCAAUGGCAGUCCUGAAGUAGUUAGACCAAGUGGCACCAGCAGUGCAGUUCUGGAAACAAGGAGCCUGGAAACCUCAUCUGGGACAUUUUGGUUCUGCGCGCCUUGUGUCACACUGGAACAAAAAUGUCUUAGCACAGUUUCAUUUUCCACUCUUUUGUCUGACUUGGCACAUGAUGGGUGAAACUGAGUAGUGUCCUGCAGCCUUUUUAAAAGCGAAAUCUGCUUGUGAUUUGGCCAUCCCUACACAUAACACCCAACAGCACCAAGAUACCUUUUCCAGCCAAUUCUGGCAAGUGUGUUGGAUAACUAUCUCACUGCCUGGAGGUCUGCAUGUGGUUGUGUAUGUUUCUAAGAAAGCAAGUAACCUGGGGACAAGUUAUUGGUGUUUAGCAACAUUUCCAUAGCCAGAAAGUUCCCAGUCUGUUCCUAGUCACUAAUUGUUGGAAAUUUAGGAAAUGAAUGUACCGGAGGACAGGAGCGCUUUCUACGUAGCAGUAUGGAAGCCCCAUCUUUUGGCAGACAGUCAAGUUCACUCAGCUCUAUUUAGCAGGCAGCAGUUCCAAACUGCUAUGCU